AUGAGCUGCAGCAGCAUCAGUAAUGACUGCAAAGAACUGUCUGCUGAUUCAGCUUUGUUUGAUGAAGGUGGCAAUUAUGGAGGGAGCUCAAAUGGAGGAGGAGUUGUUCUGAAGAAAGGGCCAUGGACCUCUGCGGAAGAUGCAAUUUUGGUGGACUAUGUGAAGAAUCAUGGAGAAGGUAACUGGAAUGCAGUCCAGAAACACUCAGGGCUUUCCCGGUGUGGUAAAAGCUGCCGUCUCCGAUGGGCUAACCAUCUGAGGCCAAAUUUGAAGAAAGGUGCAUUUACUCCAGAGGAAGAGAGAUUAAUCAUUGAGCUACAUGCUAAGAUGGGUAACAAAUGGGCUCGAAUGGCUGCGCAUUUGCCUGGACGUACAGACAAUGAGAUAAAGAACUACUGGAAUACUCGAAUCAAAAGACGUCAACGUGUUGGCUUACCGUUAUAUCCUUCUGAAUUAUGCUUGCAAGCAAUUCAGGAGAAUCAACAAAAUCUAAAUGCACCUGGAAUACCUGAUGGAGAUACAGGAUGUCAUGAUCUCUUGCAAAGUAAUGGUUGUCAGACACCUGAUGUGAUGUUUGAUAGUUUAAACACCAAUCAGGGAGUCUUACCAUAUGUGCCAGAAUUUCCAGAUGUUUCUGCUAGUAGCUUGUUGAUGAAAGGUUUUAAUUCUCAGUUUUAUAGCUUUAUUCCUCGUAUGACAAGACUCCAGAAACGAACUCGAGAACCAGAUGAGUUUAUAUCAUGGUAUAGCAACAGUACUUUAGAUGAUACUCCCCCAUUUGAUAGGGAUCAAAAUGAUGGUUAUCAAAAUAAAACAUCUCCACUAGUAGUUCCAUGUUUUCCAUACAACCCUGAUCCAGUCACCAAGAAGCUAUUAUCUUUUGGUGUAAAUCACAGCCAUUCUAUAUUAAAUGGCAACUUCUCUGCUUCUAAGCCCUCAGCAGGUGCUAUGAAGUUAGAACUCCCUUCACUCCAACAUCAAGAAACCAGUUUAGGUCAGUGGAGAUCACCUCCUCUGCCCCCUGUACUUGAAUUAGUGGAUUCUUUCAUCCAGUCUCCCCAAUCUGUGCCCCUGCCACCAGAUUGUCCUUCGCCUCGGAGCAGUGGACUAUUGGAAGCUUUAGUUUAUGAGGCGAAUUCAAUGGGCAAUUCAAGGAAUCAGUCUUCUGAAAAGAGUACGAGUUCAUCUAAGAUUUCUUGUAAUAAUGUAACUGACAGUUCUGCUUUGAAAACAUCCUCCACAGUGUUCGGAGGCUAUCAUGACCCUAAGUCCCCAUUGGGUAAUUCAACGGGUUCAAUUUUAAGCGAGUGCACUCCUACGAGUGCCACUGGAAGUUCACUGGAAGAAAAUAUAUCCUGUAUCGAACAAAAUUGGAUCCUGGAUGAAGAGAGUAGAGAAAAUCUGAAUCAAUUGCAUUUCUCCAGGCCUGAUGCUUUACUCGGGUCAUGUUGGAUUGAGCAGAGUGCUUUCUGUUCAAAGGAACAUGGCACUGUGACGGAUGAUAUAACAGCCCUCCUUGGAGAUGAUUUAGGCACUGAAGUAAAAGAUACGAACCCUGGAACUUCUGCUUUGGGUUCUGAAUGGGGUCUUACCUGGAAUAAUAUGCCUGCUGUCUACCAAAUAUCUGAACCUUCCAUGAAUAAUGCUCUUUACAAUUGA